AUGACUUCUGCAGCCAAGGAGUACUUCUUCAAAAUCUUCUCCCCAGAGAAACACUCUGAAACAAUGGUUAUUCCAAGUUGUUUUGUGAAGUCUGUACGUUUAGGAAGAAGGAGAAUCCCUAAAGAUAUCAUCCUCAGAAAUGUUAGUGGUAGGGUUUGGUGUGUGAAAACUCGUCUCGUUGGACACAAAAUCUACUUUCAAGAGGGUUGGAAGGUUUUUCAAGAAGAGAACUGUAUAAGAAAAGCAGAUUUUCUACUUUUCAAGUAUGAUGGGACCAAUGUAUUCAAGGUGGUAAUUCUUGAGCAAUCGUCACGCUGUGAAAGGAGAGAAGUUGAAGAAGAUGAGGUGAUAGACAUUACUGAAGAGGAAGAGAAUGAAAACUCUGAAGACUCUAUGAUGGAGGAGGAGGAAGAUAGUGAUGAUGAGGAUGAGUACUUAGAGCCAGCAAUAGUAAGUUUUUUCUGCAUUUCUUAUGAGUGCAUGAAUCAGUUUUUAUUGAUGAUUCAUUUAUCUGGUUCAGGGGAUAGUGCAACGAGUUCCAUUCCCAAGACUGAAGAUCCUCAUCUUGAAGACUAUGAAUUUGAUCCACGAAAGUAUAUUCAGCAUGAAAAUCCAUACUUUGAAGCAAAACUGUACAAAAAUAGACCCAACGAAUUGCAUGUUCCAGCAAAUGUCCUCAGAGACUCGUCCCUUACUUUUCCAGAAGAGAUCACCCUUUCACGUUGCAGAUGCUUCCAAAGUGAGGACACUAAGAGAAAUGAAUUACGAAACAAUCAUUGUGGCUUUUCACGACAGACACAGAUGUAUUCGAAAGUAACAAAAGUGUCCGAGUGGCAAGAUGGUCGAGUAUGUAUUAAAGGGUGGACAAGCUUUUGUACAAAGAACAAGAUCAAAGAAAAUGAUGUGUGUAUCUGUGAAAUUGUAUCAGGGAAAGACCAAAUAGUAAGAACACUUCAGGUGCACGUGCUUGGUGCUAGGAACGGAUGAACAAAUCUACCACUGAAUUGGACUUUGGACUUGAUUAUUUUAAAUACUUCUAUUGACUAAUGUUUAUAAUUUUCUCAUAUGGAAUCUAUUUUCUCAUGAUAACAAUAUUUAUCUCUAUUCCACUGCACAUUCA